AUGGCUCGCCGACAACGCCACGAACCGCUCGCAAAGCACGACGACUUUCUUUCCGAGUCGGAUCUCUCGUCCUCCUCUUCGGAGAAAGAGAAGCGACGCUCGCACAGUCCUGGCGCAGUCUACCGCGACAACCCUUCUCGCAGCUCGCUCUCUAGGCGUUCGACUUCGGCGCGGGAGAAGCGGAGCGACGCGAGUAGCGACGAGUCGGUGAAUUCGGAGGACGAGGAGGAUGAGGAGAAGUUGAUCGGUAGGCCCGCAACUGGCGAUACAAAGUCGGUUCGGGCUGGUGCCAAGAAGCAGAAGAAGCAGAAACGGUUCUGGGAGAUGAGGAGCAUGGAUAGCGGGCAGGCGCAGCCGGCUCAGGCAGGACAGUCGAGCAACGGAAUGCUCAUCUGCGGAAUCGUGACCGUCAUUGUCCUCGUUUUGCUCGGCGUCGGCGGAUACUUCAUGUACAAGCAAGGCAUGCUCAGCUCAAUCUUCCCCGACUCGGCUGCGUCGUCGUCCACGACGUCUCCUGUCGCUGAAGCUACAGGCGGCGCGGCGGUACCGACUGGAGGCGGAAUGACCGACACGGCCGCAAUCACCUCUAAUACCGACGCUGCAGCGACCGGCGCUACCUCCGCUGCGACCGACUCGUCCGCUACCGACAGCUCCGCUGCAAGCGGCAUGGCCUCCGGUGCCAGCGGUUCCGCCUCGAGUGGCGCAAGCGAUGCCAGUGGCUCAGCUUCUGCCUCCGCUUCAGGGUCAGGCUCAGCCAGCGGCAGCGAGUCUGGCACACACUCUGGCAGCCACACCAAGAGCGGCCACGAGGACAAGUCCAAGUCGAGCGACAAGACCAACCUCCUGACGGGCAUGCCGAACCUCUUCACCCAGACGCUCGUCACGACUAUCGAUGGGAAACCUACGACGCAGAGUGGGUACUGGGCGAACGACGGACUUCAGGGCGGGGGAGGGACCGAAUUCAAGUCGCACUGGGUGCCGAAGCCGACGAAUCUUGAGCGGCUCAGGCGCAGGGUCGGGUAUGGCGAGCUGCCGCUCGCACAGGCUUCCCUCACGACUCUCCUCCCCGUCCAGACGGCUGCGCCGGCGUAG